AUGUCGCGCGCGCGCGGGGCUGUGCGCGCGGCGCGAGAAUGCCUCGCCCAGGGUCGAGCGAUGACGACGACGGCGUCGACGCCGUGGACGACCGCUCGACGCUCGACGUCGACGACUGCGGCGCGCGCGUCGAUGGGCGCGUCGAUGGGCGCGCGCGUCGUGGGCGCGCGCGAGGGAUUCGGGGCGAUCGGUCUCGGAUUCGGGGCGAUCGGUCUCGGAUUCGCGGCGACGGCGGCGCGCGGGACGGAGGCGCGCGCGGAGGCGCCGGCGACGAGCGCCGCCGACGCCGCGCUCGGUGGUCAGCGCGUGACGUUGUAUCAGUACGAUGUGUGUCCGUUCUGUAACAAGGUGAAGGCGUUUUUGGAUUACCAUCGGGUGCCGUACGACGUGGUGGAGGUGAACCCGCUGACGAAGGGCGAGCUCGGGUGGGUCGAGGACGGGUACAAAAAGGUCCCGAUCGUCACCGUGGGCGAUGAGAAGCUGAACGACUCGAAGCACAUCAUCGCCGAGCUUACGAAGAGAUUCGAUGCGAGUGGAUCGAGCGCGAAGACCGCGGGAUGGUUCGGGAAGAAGACGCGCGCGUACGCCGAGAAGGAGGAGGCGUGGUGCAAGUGGGUGGAUGAGCGCUUCGUGCACGUGCUCACGCCGAACAUCUACCGUACCUGGGCGGAGGCGGUUAAGUCGUUCGAUUACAUCACGAAGAGGGGGAAUUUCGGAUUCUUCGAGCGUGAGAGCGCGAGGUGGGUGGGCGCGGCGUCCAUGUACGUCAUCGCGCACCGCGUGCUGAAGAAGCGACACGGCAUCGAGGACGAGCGCGCUGCGCUCUACACCGAGUGCGACAAGUUCGUGAAGGAGGCGGUGGGAUCUCACAAAUUUUGCGGCGGUGAUGCGCCGAAUAACGCGGACCUGAGCGUGUUCGGUGUCUUACGAGCGGUGAAGACGUUUGAGACGUUCAAAGACGUCAUGGAGAACACGACCAUCGCUCCGUGGUACGAGCGCAUGAAAGUCGCCGUGGGACCGGCGACGCGCACGGAUGGGAUAGAAAACUAA